UACUGAUAUAUCUGGAACAGUUCUUAAGUCUAUAUCAAGACAAUGUAUGGAUAUACUGAGAGCAUACUUUCCAGAUUACAGCACCUGUGUCUAUGACGUGAAGACAUCAUCGUACAAGAUCACGUCAGCUCCAGAUCCUAGUGACAACAGGUAUGAACCGAACAAGAACACAUGCAUACAUGUAUACGGUGACGGGAGCUUUAGACUGCAGGGAAAACCUUCGCGGAUGCCGAGAGUUUGUAGUGCUUUCAGAGACGCACUCUUGUCUGUGUCUGAAUCUAGAUCCUGGAACAGUUUUGUUAAUAACUUAAGGUUAGUGGAGCAGUGAUACUGUACUUAUAUAAAGAUUGACGACACUUGUACUAUAUAACGAUUUUUAAAA